AAGAGCUGCCCUCCAUCGCCAUCGGACCAUGGCAACAAAACCCAUGUGCUGAAGAAAUGUAAUUGUAUCUCGUGGGAGAACACAAGAGCUCGACUCUCAGCAAUGCUGCCUCCACCCGCGACCGUUGCUGGCACGCCAUGCCCAGUUCCGCUCUACGCAGAUGUCCCAGCGCAAACACAACAACGUCACAAUCAACACCACCGUCAACUCGACCGAGCCUCACUCUCGUCGUCUCCAAGCGAUGACACAACGGCCAACAUUGAAUAUACGUCCGCUUUUGCAGCACCUGCCCCCGGCAUUCUGAAGAAUGCUAAACCGCGACGCAGACGACAGCAGGACGGCAUGGUCUUCACGAUCCACGAGGACAGGGCUCAAAUUGUGGCUUCACGAGGUGGCGAUGGACGAGGCAGUAACAACACCAGUGAAGAUGGCAAUGGUAACAAGGAUAACCCGCUGAAAGUAGGCGCCAGGAGGAGGGCUGCGAUGUCUCAACCGCCGCAGCGACCAAAAAAACGAGCCGCCGUUGGAGCUGCUUGUACUAUACCCAUGUCCUCAACGGCUGCUCUCGCUGUUGCUUCAGCGGACGAUGCUUCCGGCACUGCACAGCACCAGGUUCCGAAGCGGGGCAGUGCUUCGACGAGACUUAGUCGAGCUCCAAGACGACCAAUGGCAAACAAAGCCGAGGGAGCAUCAUCAUCUGCCGAACCGCUGCCAUCACUACCUGAAGACACCAUUGCUCUCCCCAUGAUCGAUUCAACAAUUACGCUCAAGCCAGCGCGACGGGCUACGAUCUACAUCCCGACCGAGGACACUACGAUGCCAAGCAUGUACAUGGGCAUCUUCAGCCCUGUCAGGAAUCUUGAUCCAGCGGUGAAGACUUCUCCGGGAUUAACAUCGACAUCGGGGACUGUAGAACGAUCAAGCAAGCCAGAUGUCGAAUUAACGGGGAUUGUUGCGCAGAUGGUCGCGAAGAAGAGAGGCCCAGCGAAGGCAAAAGGCGCAAUGUCUCCAAAGCGACGGCCGUUGCAGGUCACGACCAGACCCCUCCAAGAAAGCACAGUGAUGGUAGAUCGCUGGGGUCAAGGCGGUGGUAAGGAGAACAUCCCCCCGGGUGAGAAUGAAAUGUUGGGCAAGGAAGCGAAAGCUGGGAAAGGGCGAGCUAGGCUCGAGGGACGAGGCAAAGAUCCGGAGGCUGCAUGUCCUCUGCUUGAGCAUAAAGUCAACCCGCAACCACGAGCUUCGUCGUCCUACGAACCCGCAGCGAGCUUUUCGAGGAAAGUCAAGCCCGAAAGUCCCGCUCAGGGCGCCAGCACGAAGCCGAGCUGGAAUGCAGGACCACGGUUGAAGACCAGUCGCCCGGGUCGAAAACCCAAGUCGGAGAAUAUAGAGCCAAAGUCAGGCCACGGUGCAUUGGAGCGUGAAUCCCUUACCAGGAAGCCGUCAGUCCCCAGUCGAUUUGUUAUCCCGAAGGUGGAUCCUCCGUCACCCAGUGAAUCGUUUCCUGUGAUCACUGAAGACCUUGUCGACCCUGCGAUGUACGAGGACAAUUGGUUAAACCACCAAGAGAUCGCCAUCACGCAACUUGUCAACAACCUCUUUGGAGCAUCUGCCCCGUUAUCCUUGCCAGUGGAAGAUGACAUGCUGAGGCUCGAGUUGCUUGAGAGAUAUGGCGACCCGAAAAAUGCCAUGCUUUACAAAAGACUUCAGGCAGCCUUGCUAUAUGGUGCGCUCAGUGUGCCCAGGGACGUUCUUACAAGUGCUGUGAGACUCAGUACCGACCUAGGAAAGCGAAAGGCGUUCACGGAUUUGUGGCUCGAUACGUAUGAACUUCCGUGUCUCCGCUCGGCGCUUGAGGUUGUUGUUGGUCGGCGGUGCUUGAGUUGUGGGACCGCGUCUUCGUCAGUGCGCCCCAGCAUCGACAGUGGACACAUUGUCAACCGACGUACCUUGCAACAGUUUAUCGAGACCUUCCUGCUUCGAAAUGAAGAUGGACAGCCGGAUGAGGCAUCCACGGAUCGCCCUUCAUGGUCAUAUCAGCGCACUCUUCUUCGGAGUCUGAUGCUCAUCAAGCUUCUGGAUACGGCGAAAGCUGCCCUAAGCCCGGUUGCGAGCACGUGCCUAUUCCAACCAUGCUCAUCGUACAAGACAUCUGUGAGUGUUGUCAAUGCACUUUUCCAGAUGCUCAAUCCCAACGCUGGGGACCCAGUUCGAGCCUUGACGCAUAUUGGGUAUGUGGUCAUACACACACAACAUCCUCUUGCGGAAUACUCGUACAAGAUGGAAAAUCUGGCGAUCGACUUGCGGGACGGGGUCCGCCUGACAAGACUUGUCGAACUUCUCCUAUAUCCCUCAGCGGCACCGUCUCUCGAGCGCGUGCACGAUUCGGGUUCAACUUCCAGUAUCCUUUUGCCCACCGGAGAACAGUUGUCAUUGACCGAAGGGGACCACAACUGGCCAUUGUCUCAACAUCUCAAAUAUCCCUGUCCGGGCCGUGCGACGAAACUGUACAAUGCGCAGAUUGCACUGAGCGCAAUACAAGGAGUCAAGGGGGUAAGGACAUUGGCAGAAUCUGUCAAAGCAGAAGACAUUGUAGAUGGAUUCAGAGAAAAGACUGUCAGGCUGCUUUGGGGCCUGACCAGCAAGUGGGGACUUGGCGGUCUAGUCGACUGGGACGAUAUUGAACGUGAAAUCAAGAGACUGUGCCGCACAAGCCCCAGCAGUUACGAAAACGACUACUUCGACCUGCUACCGGAUGAAGAUGGUCAUGCGCGACACACGGUCCUAUUGAAGGCAUGGGCACAAGCCAUUGCCAGCAAAGAAGGGAUCCGGGUGACCAAUUUGACCACAAGCUUCACGGAUGGACGGGUUUUCCAGGCUAUUGUUGAGGAAUACGAAGGGUAUCUCGUUGAUGACGUCGGGCCGCGAAUGGGUCGCUCGCUCACUGAGCGGCUGAGAUGUCUCGGAUGCAGUGAGGAGUUUGCAAUGCUUUUCGCCCAGUCAGAUGCGUCUCGCCACCGUGCGCACAUUUUCGGCCGGGACUUUGUGGUGGCUGCAUUGGCAUUCCUAUGCUCUCGACUUCUCAAUCCGACCAAAAGAGUGAGAGCGGCCGUGACGAUACAGAGGAGAUGGCGCUCGUAUUGGGCACGGGUGGUCGAGUCUCGCAAGGUCCAUUUGAAGGCGGUUGCAGAGAUCUGCGCUACAGUGGCUGCUCAAAGGGCGGCAGCCGUUACAGCAAACCAAGGAGGGCAUGAAGUGGAUCGGCCGGUGGCCAGCGAAGAGGAGAAGGAACUUGCCGACGAAGACAUCUGGUUGAACUUGUGAACAGGGGAGUCGAGGGACGGUGGGAUUGGUCUGGAUGGUGAUGUGAUGUGGUACGAACCAAAUUGAAGACAAAGUCUGUUGUUUGAAGAGCCCGGACCGGACCAGGCAGGAAGCCAAAUCAUUGUUACACCAAGGUCUGCAUCUACUGAACGAGUCUAGUUAGCAAGCAGGUGAAAGUCAAAUAGUCAAUGAUGCAGCAUGGACGAUCUGAUAUCAA